AUGACUUUUCAUUUUUGCCUUUUUUCUGCUGUCUUCACUGACACCAAUAAGAUGGCCUCAGCCCAAGAUAGAGCCGUACUUCAAGCUAUAUUCAACCCCACCACCCCCUUUGGAGACAUCCCCGGCCUGAACCAAGAGGAGGAAUUAAUUGAUGAUGGUGAGUGUGAGCCUCUGUCUGGAUGUGUCUGUGCGUAUCAUGUCACAGCGUUUUAUGUUUAUCAUUUCACAGCAUAUUGAAUUUAUUUGAACGCGUGCCAUCCCCGGACUGAAAAAAAAUCAUGACAUUUUAAUCCGAGUUGAGCUCUUGGUGACGUUUCUGUGUUUUGCUUGCCACGGUACCUGUCAAUUGAGUUUGAGUGCUUUUUCAACCUGUUUAUCUCCCCCCGACAGACACUGGCUUUGACACAGAGUUGCUGAAGCAAGUGAAAGAGUUGGAGAUGCAGGGUGUCACGGCAGCAGAGGCUGGGGAUUUGCAAGCUGCACUUCAACUGUUCAGCCAGGCAAUCCAGAUCUUGCCUGGGAGAGCCUCAGCCUAUAACAACCGGGCUCAGGCCCUGCGGCUGCAGGGGAACACAGCAGGUACACGCCACAAAUUCAAUAAUAACACUUUCCAGACGAGCGCAGUGUGCCGACACAUCACACUGUCAGAUCGGAGGCCAGUAUCAGAGCUUUGUCUAUCUAAUUCACUUUGUCAGCAGUGCUACAGUACAGGCUGUGCAGCAGCAGCAGCAGCAGCGGCAGCAGCCCUGUGCUCGGUACUUUAACCUGCUGUCUGUCACCAACAUGACAGGGGAGUGUACAUCAAAAGAUUCAGGUGUUUUUCCUGAGUCGUGCAUUAAUGUCAUUUACUGAGGGUUUCAAAAUACCCCAAAAGAGAGUGUAUUUGGGCUUUCGGACCAUUUUGGCACAUUUGAGCUGCUGCAGUUUUGCUUAUUUUGCUCUUUCUCUCAGGAGGAUGUGCUGUCAGUCACAUCAUGUACUCAGCACUGUAACAUCUUUUCACCAGCGCUGUCUGUUUCUAAAAUCGGUCUCUCUAUCUAUCAGCUGUGCUUUCCAAUUUGUCUGUAACCUGAAGCCAGUUUUAGAUGUUCAGGCUGAAAAACAAGAAUAUUUCCCUACAAAACACCUACGUGGAGUUUAUUUAUAACCUGCACACAUUGUGUAAAAUCACAUCGUUGGUUUAAGAGUUGCAGAGCAGCAAUAAUAAAAAUAACAGCUCUGUAUUUAUCUCAAAUAUCUGCUGUUCAGCUUAUGUUGGAGACUGCUGCACUUUUUGGAUUCAUGUUUAUAUUAAAUAAUCAUAGUGUUAUUGAUUUAAGGUGCUUUUUUAGGCCUUAAACCUAUUUUAGAUUGAUUUUUUUAGAGUGACAGAGAUUAUUCCCACAUCCUGAAAUAUGUUAAUCAAGUGCAGUUGGACACAGAGACAUCAGGCCCUUAUGCAAAACACGCCUUGGGUGAAAAACGGCUCAAAUCACCUCACUCUCCCUUUAUGGCCAUCUGUGAUUUUGCAUUUUUGAGAGAGACAGUCCAAAAUUGAUCAUUUGCAACACAAAGAAGAAGAGGAGAUCGGUUAUGGAUUAUAAGAAUUUGUACUUUAUGGGAAUUUUAGAUGCUAAAAACUUAACAAAUGGACAGUAAGAGGUGUUAGUCUUGUCCUCAGAGGCCACCGUAGAGCACAUUAACAUUCACAUCAACAAAAUAAAUCACACAUCUGCACUUAUUUACAUGCAUACUUUAAUUUAAUUGGUAACAAACGAAUUCCGAGUCCUUUCAGCUGCAUCAGUGUGACCUGAAGCCCUAACAGCGCUCUUCUUCUCCACCUUCUCAGGGGCGCUGAUGGACCUGGACCAAGCCAUCUCUCUGAGCAGUGGUAUUGGACGGACAGCCUGCCAGGCCCUGGUGCAGAGAGGACUUCUACGGAGAUUAACAUGCCAGAAUGAUGAAGCCAGGGCAGAUUUUGAGAAAGCAGCUGCACUUGGAAGUGAAUUUGCUCGACAGCAGGCUGUGGUUCUUAAUCCGUACGCAGCCCUGUGCAACAAAAUGCUGACUGAGGUCAUUAACAAACUACGCAACCCCGAAGUGUCUGAGACGCAGUAA